UUUUUUUUUUUUCUUUUUUUUUUGCUUAUACGUUAUGUAAAUAGACUUUGAAACAAUGAAGGAAAUAAGAAACUUUGAUAAUUCCAGUGAACCAUUAUUAUAUUCAUCUUUUCUAGUAAAUUCCACUUCAUCAUUUUACUCGUUUUCUUCUCAUCAUAAAUUAAUUGAAGAACAAGAUCAGCAUAUAUAUCCAUUAACAUUUGAGAAUGUAUCUAAAAUCGAAUUGGCAGAACCUUCACUUAUGCCACUUGCUAGGUAUUGGAAUGAAAUGGAAAGAAAUCAUCAUCAUACCACUGCUAUAACUCAUAAACGACAACGACGUAAACAAGAUCAAGUGGUCGAGUCGCCUCGUUUAUUACCUUUCCCCUAUCAUAAUGAUUCUUAUUUCUUACCUACUGCAGAGCAUGAUUACCCAGGUGGUGGCUAUUCAACAACAGAUACCUCCUCUAUGGUGAGUUUAUCUCUUCAUAACAAUAAUACCUUGACAUCCUCUCGUCUACAUUUAUCAAGUUCACCUAAAAGAUCCUUAUUAAAGAAUCAUCAAACCUGUUUUAUUCCGAAAUAUAAUACAUCAUCAUCAUUAUCAUCGUCGUCGUCGUCGUUGUCGUUGUCGUCAUCAUCACCUUCUUCUUCAUUAUCAACUACAGCAUUGUCACACAAUACAGUUUCACAAAAGAAACAGCAUCCUUAUAAUCGUAGUAACACCACUACAACUACAUCUACAUCUACCAUCACGACUACUACACUGAUAGGAACAACGACAAGGACAACAACUGCAUUGGCUAUCAAAUUGAAACAUCUCUUUCGUAUCAAGACUUAUCAUCCUACAGCAAAUGAAACACACUGUAGUAGUAGUAAACAAGAAGGUACUCAUUGGUAUCAUAAGUUUUGCAAGCUUUUAAUCAAAAAAUCCAACAAGCGACAGCAUCAAGAGAAAAGAGCCGUUGUUGUUGUUGAACAACCUGUCUGGUACAGUGAAUUUCGGUGUAACCCACCACCACCCUCUGGUAUGACAACGUCUUUUUUGUCCUAAUACGUACAUACGUAUGAAUGUUUGUAUGUUAAAAGAAAAAAAAAAGGGGAGUGGGGGGGGAGAAGCCCUUUCUUCUUCUUUUUUUUUUUUUUU